UCCUCAGUCACAUUCGUGCGCGCGGCAGACGCCACCUCCGCCUCUCCCGCACGUGCGACGCGCGCCGGGUCCAGGUCGCUCAUCCGUGAAAUCCAGCUUUCCAACCGGUUUUCCGUACCGUUUCCCGAACCUCUCGAAUUUUCCCCUCUGUAUGACGCGCCUUCUGGAGUGUGUUUUCAUAAACACCCGACCAAAAAUACACAUAUCCGUCGUUGUAUCGCCUCCGGAACCGGUUUUCACUGAUUAUUUCGCGCACUUUCCACAGUGAUAUGGGUCAGUCGUGUUUGUGUCUGAUACCAAAGUGCGUGGAUAGUUUUUAGUAUAUCUUUAUAUUCCAUGUACUUUUUGACAAUUUUUAGUGCGGUAUCUCGGUUUCGAGGACGUGUGCGUUGGUGCGGGACAGUCGUUCACUCCCUCGGGUAAACGUUGAUAAUAUUAAUUACAUCAGAACUGCAUAGUUAUACUAUUCGUGGCUUAAAUAAUGGCUCCGUCACUUAAAUAAACGUGACCUCGUAGUGUGUCUUGCGCUGUUUUUGAACACUAAAUUUCCAUACCGAUCAACCAAAGAACGCGCUAAAAGAAAAUAACCUGUGUCUGUUAACAUAGUGCGGUCCAGUGCAACUUAUUCACAUUGCAUCGUUGCGAUCAUUGAAAUGAAGACCUAACGCCUUCGAAAGUUCGGUUCGGCCAACAGUUGUACAUUCACACGCAGCUCGUCAUGUUAUGCGCCCGAGAGAAUCGUCAAGGAAUAGGACUCAUGAGUUAUAAUCCGAAUAAUUUUACUUGUAUCACGUUCAGUAGCUUCGCGCACUACGUCUGAAACUUUGCUGGUGCGUUCAAGGCUGUGGUCUAGAGAAAUGAGUAUUUGCAGUACGUAUUUUUUGGUGCGACGGUGAAUUUUCGGCGGCUUUAAUCUCUCUCUCACGGCUGUGAAUUGUGCCGGUAUGUGACAAUGAGUGCGAACCAGAAGGAGAGUAACCAUCUGCGGAUUCCGACGCCGGAACCGAAAGGGGCUCAGACCCCCCCUCAAGCCGGAUCUCCUUCCUCCAGUCAUAUUCUUACCGCUUUCCUCAAACCCAUCAGGAAAUUGUCGCCGGUUUUAAUGCCCCCUGGCUCUCCCGGAAUAUUUCGCCGGAAAUCGUCCUCAGAGAUCACCCCCCUCAUUGCCAAUAACAACAACAAUGACAAAUUCAGUGAUGUUCCUAGCUCCAAAAUGGCAACUGCAUCCGCCAAUUUGCCUUUCGUCGGUUGGCCCAAUUCGAAGGAUGAUUACGAAUUGAAGGAAGUCAUUGGUGUUGGAGCAACAGCAGUAGUCCAUGCGGCACUAUGCAGACCUCGACAAGAGAAGUGUGCAAUAAAAAGAAUAAACUUGGAGAAAUGGAAUACGAGUAUGGAUGAGCUUCUUAAGGAAAUUCAAGCCAUGUCAUCCUGCCACCAUGAAAAUGUAGUAACAUAUCACACCAGCUUUGUUGUUCGGGAAGAACUCUGGUUGGUAUUGGGUCUCCUUGGAGGCGGUUCGUUGUUAGAUAUCAUCAAACACAAGAUGCGAACCUCCGACUGUCGGAAUGGUGUGUUCGAUGAGUCAACUAUAGCCACGGUUCUAAGGGAAGUUCUCAAAGGGCUAGAGUACUUUCACAGCAAUGGCCAAAUUCAUAGAGAUAUUAAAGCCGGCAAUAUUCUCUUAGGAGAUGAUGGCAUUGUUCAAAUAGCAGACUUUGGUGUCAGUGCAUGGCUAGCGACAGGUCGAGAUCUAUCUCGGCAAAAAGUUCGUCACACUUUUGUAGGUACACCAUGCUGGAUGGCCCCUGAAGUCAUGGAACAGGAUCAUGGCUAUGAUUUCAAGGCUGACAUCUGGUCACUGGGUAUCACUGCCAUUGAAAUGGCAACGGGGACUGCCCCAUACCAUAAGUAUCCACCCAUGAAAGUUCUAAUGUUAACACUCCAGAACGAUCCACCAACGUUAGACACUGGUGCUGAUGACAAAGAUCAAUAUAAGGCCUAUGGCAAAACUUUUAGGAAAAUGAUUGUUGAUUGUUUACAAAAGGAUCCAUCCAAAAGACCUUCAGCAAAUGAGCUUUUGAAGCAUCCAUUUUUCAAAAAAGCAAAAGAUAGGAAGUAUUUGCAACAAACCCUGGUCGCAAUGGGUCCUAGCCUUGAAACCCGAGUUCAAAAAGCAGCAAAACGGCAACCAGGAACCUCUGGAAGGCUUCACAGGACAGUCACUGGAGAGUGGGUUUGGUCCUCAGAAGAGGAAGGCGAUAUGUCGUCCGAUGAUGAGAGUCGAGUGAAACCAAUAAACAAUAUUCAACACUCAGAUUCAUCUGGAAGUGAAACUGAUUUGGCGAUAGGUGAUCAUGGUUCCGAUGAUCCUAUUAAUCUUGUCCUUAGAAUGAGGAAUUCCAAAAAGGAAUUAAACGAUAUCAAAUUCGAGUUCGCUAUUGGGAAAGAUCACUCUGAAGGCAUAGCAUCGGAGCUUUUCGGUGCCGGUUUGGUGGAUGGGAAAGACGUCUCUGUCAUAGCAACCAAUUUGCAAACUCUAAUUGAAAAUCAUCGGUCUAUUAAAACUGUUGUAUUUCCUUUGAAUUCCGGUUCAGAGACUGAACGUGACGAGAAAACACUUGUUGGAUUUGCUCAAAUAUCGAUAACAGAUUGAUGACCGACAUGCCUUAAUGGAUCCUCCCGUAGUUGCUAACUUCGCUCACUCUCAACUGAUCUAAUCAUAGUUCAGUUUCCUUUCAUCCCAGUAUUUCGGUGCUAUUUUAGUUAAUUAGCGAUACACAUUUUUGUACCAGUUUCGCCCUUGUUUUAGAAAAAUUAACCUAUAGCUAAGCGAUCCCCCAUAGCCUUUACUGCUUCUACUGUAACAGUACAAGCAGAUCUUUAAACAGACCCAAGCAUCCAACUAUUGUCAAUAACGAUGGUUCUCAAAUCCCUCUUAGCCUUUGUUACUUACAGUGAAAUGUAUGAAUUUUAGUAUUCACAAACCAAGAGAGUCAAAUGUUUCUAUCUUAUUUCUUUGAAUUUUUAAAGUGCCAAGUUGUUAGCUGGAUGUACUAAUUGGUUUAAAACAUCAUCAAAAAUUGUUUAAAUUUUGGCCUGACUCAAGCCCAUAAAUUAGGUAUUGAAAUCAUCAAAGAUUUAAGCUAUUUAAAAUUGGAUCCAUCUUUUUCCAGGUAUAUAGCUGUGGAUUUUCUUGAUUAGGAAAUUUUUCUUCUAGAUAAGUCCGUAUAAAAAUGCAAAUGUAUUUGCUAUUUUUCAGAGCAUAAAUUUUGUAGUUGGGGCUUGUCGUUGGUACCAGUAUUUGAUUGAAUUAUAGAUUUAGUUGAACACUAUAGUUCGCAUCACGAAAAGUGGCAGCUGAGGGGUGGGGCUAGUUGAAUUGUCCAGUCGCUUCAACCCUUCAACAAAAGGACCGGACUAGUCAACUAGUUCCACUUUUGUGCACUUUUUGUGGUGUGGACUGUAAUGAAGAUUCGCGUUAGGAAGCAGAAUUGAAGAUACUCAAAGGGGCCGUUCAUAAAAUGUGUAGCACUGUAGAGUGGAGGAAGGAUCAAAGCCCCAGUAAAGGGGGAAUUUCAGAAGAGAAGGGGGGGGCAUAUUAUAUUGCGCUGAAAUUAGUGUGGAGUGCUGAUUUUGAGAAAAUUUAAGAUGAAAAAUCGUUGUAAGGUGGCAACUCAUCCACUAUACAUUUAAAAUUGCCGAUUUGAAAAAAGAUGAGUCGAGAAAAUUGCUAUACAAUUUUUAGGUAGCUGCAAGCCUCCAUUAGGGGGUUAAAUAUCCAAUUUUCAACAUUAUACAUUUUGCAAACGGCCCCGAACGCAAAAUUAUAAGAUCAUGCCAUCUACAAUUCUUGUAGAGGGUUACCUCAAUCAUACAAACGUAGAUAUCGUUUUUUGGAAUCCAAAUUGCUGCCAUUUCCGUCAAAAACUCUCUGUUCCCACGAAAAGAAUUUUGAACUUAACAUGAUUGUCAUAGAACUGAUAGCUUAUGACUUAAAAUUCAAAUUACGAAUGUGCAUUUGAAGUUUUGAACCUACUAAGUUCUAAUUAAUCACAAAGAAAGAGUGAAUUUAGAUUCCAGGAUUUGAAGGUGAGAUUCAAAGAUUUUGACAAGAAUUGUCUGUAAGUUUAAGAAUUUACCCACUGCUUUGUUAAAGGACUUCUGUUUCAAACCACUUUUUGAAAGUGAAAAUCACCUAUCAACAGUGAAACUGCAAAAACUCUUAUUUGCAUUAAAGACUUCUGAUCAUACUUCAUUUUCUUACUAGCAAACUACUCAAUGUCAUAUUUUAAAAACUUCCCUGAGUUUUUCUCUCUGUAUGAAAAAUAUUUUGUGAAAAUUUCAAGCUGUGAUGUUGGUCCGGUCUCCUUUGAAAAAGUAUAAUAGGAGCAGAGUUUUGAAACAUUUCAAUCGAGUUAUGCAUUUUUUCAGUUUCACCAUUAAUACUGAAAAAUACACGGCCUCUAAAUGAGUUGAAGUGCUUGUUCCUAUAAUAUUCCUGAAAGGUAUCUUUGAAAAACACUUCUAAAAAUCUUCGAAUUAGAUCUUUUAAUAGUCUUCUCAUUCUAUUUUGAUGUUCACGUAUUUACUUACGUAUCUAAUUUUUUUUCCACUUACCAUUUUUCUAUUUUUCCUCAAGUUUUUGUGAUAUCUCGAUGUUUUCUUAAUAUUUACUUAAUUUUAUAUGUCGUUAGAAUUAAGUGAGAGAAUGCAAGAGAGCACAGCUGUAUAUCCUGGAAAACAAGCCGACGUAAGGCUUGACGCCCUAGCCUCAUCUAUGUAGACCUUGAACUUUUCAUUAGUCAGUUUUAUGUAUGUUUUGUAUACCUCUGAUGUAAGAUUUAAUUUAUAGUCGCUCUUUUAAAUUUCUGUUUUGUCAAAUACCUUGUUUUCAAGAAUCUUAAAAUGCAAGUUCUACCAUCAAAUUGUUUUUUCUCACAGUGACGUUAAUUAAUCUUCGUCCGCAUUCUGAAACAAAGAGAUUUGCUACAACAGUAAUCAGCAUUUAGACUGAGUCCUAGUUCUUCUUUGGUAGAUGCUGAAUGCUUUUCUUAAAAAAAUUACUAAUUGUCUACUAGAAAAAAGAUUUGCUGUCCAUUAACACUUUACUGUGCCUCCGUUAUUGAUCAACCAUUCAAUGUACUUAAACUUAGUCUAAAAUUGGAUGCAUUUCCGUAAAAGAAGACCACUGCAAUGUGUUCCCUAGGUAGAUACAUAGUCUUCUUUUUCGUGAAUGCAUCCAACUGUUGUUUCCCUCAUACUCUUAAGUAGAGGAAUAGACUAUUGUAACAGAUUCAUGGAACUUUUUCUUUGACCUGCUGUCAGAUUUUUGUUACAUCUUACUUCUGGUCACAAUUUUCCUAUCUUAAAGUUUUCUUCUAGCAAUUCUUCAAGAAUGAAAAGUCGAAAGGUAAAAACGCAAUAGAUUUCUUUCUGCAUUGAAUCAAGAACUCAAGCAAACCAUUUCUAACUGCUUCUUUGUUCCUGAGAGGGCUUUUGUCUAACUAAAAAACCGUUUCAAUACAAAAUGAAAGCAACCACUUUUUUUGGACUGAAUCUGAAGACUAAUUUUCCCCAAUCCUGUCUUGAAAACGACAAAAUUUUACCAUAAAUCUAAAUUUUUAAAAUUCGUAGACCUUAAAAAAUAUGUAGGCUUCUAAAACUUCCUCUUGAAGUAACACAGGUUUACCACUCGGUCAUCUAGGAAUAUUUUAAGAGCUUUGUAUCUUGUCAGUUUGAAUGAUUAGUACUUAUUUUUAAAUUAGCAUGCCUAAUUGACCAUGAAAUCUGCUUAAUUUUACAAUUUUAUCCACGUUUUGUGGAUCAAGUUUUUGAUUAGUGUGUCUGAAUCAAUGUUCCCUCAUUUUAUUGAUGUGUUGUGUAAACACAAGCUGUCAUGUUUUGAUGUAUUAUCUUCGCAGGGCUAUUUUUGAUGAACCUUAUCCAAUCGUAGGAAAAUUAGGUCAAUUUUGGCUAUUUGAAAGUUAUCUGCUAACUUACCUCGGGCAUAUUGUCCCUUCGACCCGUUUUCAGUUACAGCUCAGACAUUGUAUUGAAAAACUCACGUUUGUUUACUCAAUUGAAAGAAAAUAAUCAGUCCACAUUUUUUUUUAUAAGAUGUGUUGUUAAACCCAAAAAUGCCCGAUGAAAAUCACCCGAGUGUCAUAAUGAGUGUUGUUAAACUCUGAUGGAUUUGCCCGAUCUCCGAGAUGGCUGCCUGACGUAUUGCGCAAAAACUCUUCAAAGGUUCGGAAUGUUGGGUCGGCGCUAAGUUUUUGAUUUGCAAUUGUUAAAAUUUAUUGCUGAUGUCUUGAUGACCUGUCAAUAAUGUAAAGAUAAGGUCAGUUGCAUUCCUUUUUGUUGGGGAUAACAGCGCAUUUAUACUGAGUUUAUAAAGGUGAAUUUCUCAGUCUAUGAUUGUAAACGUAUGAGAAUUGUGUCAUUCAUCACUUCCCUACCUUAAGUUGAAUCCGAAUAAUGAAAGAAUACUUUUUCCAGAGCUCAACUUGAUUUUCAUAUGAAGAAUUGUCAGCAUUGAAAACAAGUUUUAAAUGCUCUGAGAAAUAUCUCUAGAUGUUUACUUGAGCUUGGACUCGUUCAUUGAGUAUUAAAAAUCCAAAGAAAAAAUAUCGAUUUAAAUUUUUGGCACUUGCUGACAUGGGAUCACAUUGUCUAACCUAAUUAUCCUUCUUAUGUACUUCAAGGUGAGGAAUUGCUAAAAUUACAAAUUUCUGUGGUUUUUUAAAAUAAUUAGAAUGUGCUGAUGUAUUUUGAAAUCAUAAUAUGCAAUCAAAGUUCUCCAAAUCCGAUUGUUCUAAACUCAUCUAAUCGUAAAUUCUAACAAGGAGACCGGAUUAUGAAGUCACUAUAUUUGCAUAACUUGUGCAUUUUCGAUGACUAGCAGAAACAGAAGUUUCUUAUCAUUGAUUUUGAUUCUAAAUUUUUUGUAAGUAAUUUUUAUAUCUCAAACGCAAGAUCAUGUGAUACUCUAAGUUGUUGCCUCUUUAGUGUGUUCGAUUCAAUUGUGAUGAAAAUUUUUCAUAUGGUUCCAACGGAAUCUCUCACUCAAUUCGGUUGAGUUUUGUACAUUCUAUCCUCAACCAUUGCUUAUAUCAAUGACUCGAAUCUAAAAAAUUGAAGUGAAAGUGAAUAUAUUUUACAAUAGAAAACCAAUCAGCAUUUUUCAAAUAUGUAUUGACGAUCUUCGAUCCUUCCCAUUCCUCAAUUUCCCAAUUAAACUUUGAACAAAUGCAUAUUGCUCAGGUUUUCUGAGCAUUCAAUUCUCCAUUUUUUUUUCAUCUAUGUCUGAGAUGAAAAAAGAAAAUUAAAAAAUUUCAACAAAAAUACACACCUACCAACAUUAUAAAUAAAAUAGAAAUCAAAAACAGACUAGUAAAAGGUGAAAUGGGCUACGUACACCAAGGGGACCUUUGCGUUACAGGGAGCGCUGUUUUCUCUGGAAAGCUUCCUUCUUUUAGAUUAUCUCUACUUUUUCCAUUCUUGAAAAAACCAACGAAGCACAAACAACUUGAAAUUCGUGAUCGAUAUACUUUUAUAUUUUUGGAUUAGGAGUCAUUGAUAUCUGAUUUUUCUCUCUUUUUCUACUCUCUUUCUGCCUUGAGAUAAGUUUUUUUUUACAUUACAUGCUGCUUUUUUCUGAAUGUCUUCAGCACCCAGUAUAUCCAAUCAGCUAUAUUGUCUUUUGUUAAUAUUUUCAACCCAGCAUUGUAUUUCUGGAGGCUCAGUUUCAGGUGUUCCUGUAAGUGAUGUCAACACCAGUUUUAGGAUUUUGUUAUUUUGUGUUGUUUUACUUUUUGUAGGAACUACUACAAAACUUAGAGCUUGUAAAAUAAAGUCUUACAGCAAAAA